UCCUCCUAGGCGUGUCCCGGGAGAAUGGGCGGCCCCUUUCCAGACAGCACUUAGACUUAUUUGCCCCCCACGCCUCUCCUUGUCCCCUCCCUCCUCCACUGCAGCCUUUCUCUGAGCCCGGGCCACUUCCUUCUUCUGCUAGUUCCUCCCCAGGGCGCGGAAGCCGAGUACAGGGUUCAGACCCACGCGGCAGCAGCUCUUCCGUGAAGAAGGAAGCAAUCGGAGAGUCAGCAAUGAAUGUGGAACAUGAAGUUAACCUCCUAGUGGAGGAGAUUCAUCGCCUGGGUUCCAAAAAUGCUGAUGGAAAAUUAAGUGUGAAGUUUGGGGUCCUCUUCCAGGAUGACAGAUGUGCCAAUCUCUUUGAAGCAUUGGUAGGAACUCUGAAAGCUGCAAAACGAAGGAAGAUUGUUACAUACACAGGAGAACUACUUUUGCAAGGUGUUCAUGAUGAUGUUGACAUUGUACUGCUGCAAGAUUAAUGUGGUUUGCAUGGCUUGGUGUAUCUGGUAAACUGGAAUAAUUAAGUUAAAAAACAAACAUGAGCUUCCUUAUGUAUUUUUGUAGAACUUUGUAAACAAAGGGGGGGGGCUUGUUGAGAAGUCCUGUUUUUAUACCUUGAAGCAAAACAUUACAAUGUAAAAUAAACAAAACCUAUUAUUUUUCUUAAGAAGGUAAUUGGGAAAUGUAGGUAAUGAAACAUUUUUGGAGGUGUGAAAAAGCUUUUGUUCUCUUAAACCAUUCCUAAGACAAUUUCUAGGCCACUUGACAUUCUGUCAAAGCAAAAAGCUAACUGAAGACCAGCUGCCAUGAAAAAUGUUGUUUAUGGAAUAAAAACAAUGUAACUAUCCUUAA